AUUCGUACCCACUGCAGCUCAUGUUACUCCUAUUCAUGAGCUUAAAGUUCGACGAUAAAGUUUUUCUUUUUUAUAAUGGAGCUAAAGUUUAAUUGAAUUUAAAAUUCUACCGAGCGACACAUGACUGCAGUAAAUCGAUAAUAAAAAAUACUUCCAACAUGCUAGAGUGGGCCUACGACGGUGUAAAUAGUUCGAUCCCUCGAAACGUUGGACCAGAAUGUGCCGAGUACUUAUCACUCAGAUACCGACUAAUAGAAACCUUUGGAGUGUCGGUGUUAAUUUUCUUUUUAGUAUCAAAAGGCCUGAAGAGUGUGAGUCUGCCUAAAAAUGUUAAGUAUGUUAAUCAAGACAGGACGGGAAAGAAAGUCCUGCUGAUAUUGAUGUCAAUGAUACUCGGCUGUGAGCUUGGUUUUAAAAUAACGAGUCGUACUCUUGUUUAUAUUUUAAAUCCUUGUCAUAUCACGACAGCGAUUCAGUUGUAUUUGCUGGCUGCUAAACCGAGUCCGAUGGUCACUGCGCUUUUUAGAAUUCAGUUGAAUUUGAUGAAUGGACCGGUACUGGCUUAUGUAUUUCCGGAAACUGAAUCGCGUAAGCUUUUUGCUGACAAGUCAAUGUACUAUUUACAACACGGCCUAAUGGUAGUAAUUCCGUAUUAUCUGAUGCGAAUUGGUGGUGUGUAUAGUAUUGAACCAUUAUCAGAUUUUAGUUGGAGUAUUCUUGCUUAUGGAUUUAAUCUCGCUUAUCACUGGUGGAUCUUACAACUUGCUGCUUUGCGGGUGCAAGUAAAUCUGAGCCACAUCUUGUGUCCCGCGAUAUUGGAUCCAUUUGAAGGCAGGUUUUACCGUCUGGCUGCGGUCGUCCAUGAAGGAUUACUGUGCCCACUACUAGCUAAACUGCUUUGCAUUAUAUUCAAUUAUUUUCUCACCAUAUUUCCACCGACAAAAGUAAAGUCUUGUAUCAACCACACAAUCGAACACAAGUUUCCGCAAGAAGAGUGCGGUGACGAAGACUCAAAGUCCAGUGAAAACCCAAAAAAUGGAGAUCUGCAUGUUGACUAGUUGACUAUUUACUAAGUUAAUGAUCUCAUAUAUUUUUAUCAAUUGAUUGUUUAUAUACAAGUAUAUAAAUAUUAAUAUAAGAUUGUCAAUGUAUGAAAAACUUCUGUGAUCACAUGAUUAGCCUACCAAAGUAAGCAACAACUAAACAAUUUAUCGUCAUAAAAAAUAAUUUAUAAUGAGCUAAUUAUUUUUGUUAAUAGUAUAUUUAAAUAAGAGCGAUAAUGAUGAUGAUUGGUAAUAAUUAAAUCAGUAAAAAUAUAUAGAUAUUUUUAAAUAACGUCUCAUAGUUGCGAUAAUAGAGUAAGUAGAUGAUGAAUGACAAAUAAAUAAAAACGAUUGGAUGUUUU